AUGCACGACCUAUUUACCACUGUGCUGUCCAAAAGGGAUCUAUCCCGGGCCGGAGAGCUGUUUUCCAUCGCCGACUACGAGAUUGUGAAUGAUCUGACUGAAGUGUUGGAGGAGAUUUCAUCCAUCAUCUCCCACGAAGACUAUCUGCACAACAGCAACGACCAGUCGGUAAUCGAAAUCUGCAUCAACCGGGUAACAUCAUGCAUCAAGAAGACGCACACGAUAGCGAAGCACUGUGCCGGGCUGGUCAGUCUGUUGGAAACAUGCCUACGCUAUAACUUGCAACCCACGGGUAAGGAUGUGGAUCCGCCGCAUGCGAAGAUAUCGUCUGACAUCAUUUCCAGCAUAUUUCUGAACUACAACAAGCAAGUGGUGAUGGAGGUGACACUGCCCGUUGCGGUUAAGUUUCUCAACCAGGGUAACCUCGAGCUAUCGCGCAACCUCGCCAGCUACCUUUCAUCGGCGGCCAUCGAGUACUCGUAUCUGCUGUCACCACAUGUACACGUCAUCCUCGAAUCGCUGCUCGGCGGUAACUACGGCCUCUGCCAUGUUCUGUCGCAAAUUUACGACGCAACGCCGGACCCGAUCAAUGACGCUGGGCCAAAGUUUGUGGAGAUUGUACCACGGUGCGAACUGCAGGAGCAGCUCGUCAUACUGCAGCUGCUUGUCACGAUCGCGAAACAGAAACCAUCCUGCCUGACCGAAAGCAUUCCAUCGUUGCUGGAGCUAGCCACGAUCCGGCCACCAUUAUCCGCGGCGACACUGCUGGUGCUGCUCAAGCUGGCCGAAUCCAAACCGAUCAAGCUGGCCGAAUACACGGAAGCGUUCAAGCUGAUCGCCCAAAGUGUACCGCAGACGGUCGGGUUCGCCGCACAGAUACUCUCCGCCAUCGGGCGUUGCGGCAAGGACCGAGCCCAGGUGGCGUUAGACUUUGUGCUCGAGCAUUUACCACGUGCCGAUCGGCCGUUGCAAACGAUUCUGCUGAACGAGGCGACCAAACUGUGCACAAAGUAUCCGGUCCUGUUCACCGACAAGGUUACCUCCGUCGUUCGGCAACGGCAGCUGAGCAAUAACAGUCAAAUCAAGCAAACUGCGUCCGGUGGAGUGACGAUUGUGAAUCUAAACUCGUCUGUCACGCUGCCCACGCCCACGUCCACAUCAACAGGGACGGCAAGUUUGGGUGUGCACGGAAAUGGUGGAACCGCUCUCGGUACGAACGGCCCAUCCGGAGCGGCAGUUGGCAUUCUGGGCAGUACGGGUAGCAGCUCAGUCGGUUACACCCAACAUGUGCUCGAUCACGGACGAUCGAUUGUGUCGAAAACACCAAAUGUCGCCGUCAUAAACAAUGGUCAUACGCACACGACGAGCAGCGCGAUGAUGUCGACCACGGUUAUCAACACCUCGAACGGCACAACUCUGAGUUCGACCAUUCAUCCGGCACUGCUUACCAAUUUUAUGAACGCAGCAAAUGGCGUGCCUAGCAGUGGUACCGUCACGACAGCUAGUGGCACCGGAACAGUGGUUAAUGGAACUACUGUUGUCUCUCCAACGCCACAUCACACAGGUUACACCCGGAACCGUCCGAAGCUCGGAGACUCGCGCAGUACCGGACGGCUUCAUUCGGGCGGAGGAGGUGGUAACAAGAGUACGACACGUUUGAACAAUGCGGGCGGAUCGAUGGGCGGGCUGCACAAAUCGCGCCUCGGUUCGUCCCAGCUGAUCAAUCAAUUCAACGGCGAUAUCGGUGCGGGUGUGUCGAUUGAUCCAGAAAAACCAUCCACAGGCGUUACACCGAACGGACCCGCAAUGGUGGACGGUUCCACGUCGCACAACAUCAUCAUGCACAGCGGCAACAGCCAUCAUUCGAGCGGAAAUGUCGCUAUCAAAGGAAUGAUGGCCAGCAGUGGUAGUGGUGGAGGUGGUGGUUUGCUUGGCAACUCGAUUCCACCGCCACUAAGCCAGCACGUGACGAUUACGGGUGAGAACAAGUGGGGUAUACCCCAGACAAAGAUCACAUCCUGUGGCGUCACAGUGACGACGUCUCCGACCCGUGCACCCCGUCCGUACUCCCACGGCCCAACCAACACGCUGAUGGGAUCGACCGGUGCGCUCGGUGGCAAGAGUUCACUCGGCGGACUCAACCAAUCAACUGGAUCGAUCGGCAUUCAGGUGCACCAUGCGUCACCAGCCUCACCGACGAUGUUCAACAAUCACUCGCAGCAGACGUCACCGCAGCUGACCACCACGCUAUCGCUUCACUCGAGCGAUGAUCCAUCUAACCAGGUUAUUGUCUCCGGUCCCGCAACGGUAACGACACGUCCACGCACGAACGACAAUCGGAGUGUAACGAUCCUGAACGCCUCCUCGACCACUACGCGCAUGAGCGUGUUCGAACCGUACCCGAUGCGUGACACCAUACAGCACUUCUGUGAGAAGCAUCUGGACAAAAUCAAGUCAUACACGGAAGCGGUGGCCCAUCGUAUACCACCCCCGGCCAAAUGCAUCAUCGAGGAACGGCGGGCGAAAAAGAUGGCCAAGCUCCACUUUGCGUGUCAGGUGCGCGGUCCACACUGCCUCUACUCGCGUACCAUGUUUACGAUGCGCACGCGCAACCCACGCACCUGGAUCCAUCUGAUGUUUCUGGAUCUGCAGGCAAGGGCGGGCAAGAACGCACUCAGCAGCUGGGAUCCGAGCGUCAGCCGACUCAAACAUUGCUGGGACACGCUCAAGUGUGAAAAUCGAACGUUUAUAACGCUAGUCACGAGUGCGUUCCCCAACGGUAAGGAGCAAGAAGCGCUGGUCAAUGAGCUUCGCCAUGCCGGGUUUUUUGACGUGUUCGAAAUGGGUCCGGUGACGCUCGGCCCGGGAGGUGGUCCCGCCGGGGGAACGCCCGGUCCAGGGGUAGAAUUGACUACUGGUGCGUCGGGAUCUACCGGAACGUCCGGUGUCGGAUCGGCUACCGGUGUUGACCCGAGCGCAGCCUCAAACGGGGGCAGCUCGGAAGAUCUGGAGGUGCUCCAGUGGGGUUGCUUUCUCUGCCACCAUCCGGAGAAAGCUAUCGGAUUUCUGCACGGAAACAAUCAACCCGUGAUUGAGGGUCAGCUAAAGGAAAAAAAGGGCAAAUGGAGAUUGUUCCGGAGAUGGCGCACUCGCUACUUUACACUUUCCGGUGCACAUCUUUCGUGCAAAGGAUCGGUUAGUGAGACCGGUGGCGAAAGUAUCGACGUGAACCAGAUCCGAUCGGUGAAGGUGUCUCGGGGUGCGCGCAACAUCCCCAAAGCGUUUGAAAUUUUCACUGGUGAUCAGACACUUAUCCUUAAGCCGAAAGAUGGAAACAAGGCGGAAGAAUGGGUGCAAUGUUUGAGCAUCGUGCUGGCACACUCACAGGCACGAGAUAGUCCAACGACACGCACCAACAGUCUUCCAGCCCGCAGUAUUGGCAACAGUAGGACGGUUUUCUAAAUUAUUCCAUUUUGCUAGUGAAUUACUUCAUCUGCACCACUACUGUCGAAAUCCUGAAAAAUUUAGUGACAUUAAUUCCGGAUUGAACAACGAAGCAACCGUGUCAAAAUGAAAAGACAUUCGUACUUAAUGAGAUCAAACACCAACAGGGUAAGCCUAGCCGCAGACAUUUUUCAGGAAGCGUUUUCUGUAUUCUUAGGGGCUUAAGGGAGCGUAAAAGACUUGAAUGAACGAAUUGGAAGCUGAGAGUGCAAUUUCAGCGCUACUGCAUAGUGACAUCUUGAGACACGAAAGCACGUCUCAAAAAACCGUAAAGAUUUCAUACCCCGCUCAGAGGCCAACAUAUUUGCAAUGCGGACAAAUCAUCAAAACUAGUGUUGGGUAAAUCUGAUUCAAAAUUUGAUUGACUCUUUGGACCGAAUGAAUGAAUCUGAAUCUCUAUUCUAAGAGAUUCGUGAACCCUCAAAGAUUUAUGAUUUCUCAUAGAUUCUUGAUUCGUCAAAGAUUCUUGAAUCCCAUAAGACUUGUGAAUCUUCAAAUAUUUGUGAUUCCCUGAAGGUUCAUAACUACUCAAAGAUGACUGGAUCUUCGAAUUCAUGAGGAAUGAUGAACAUUUUUAGAGUCGGCUCAUGAUUUAAAUUUUGAUUCCCAAAAGUUUCAUUAGACACAACACUAAUCAAUACCUAUGGCUGUCAAUCUUUACACGAUAAACUUAUUCACCUGUUUCACGUUUUCUAUUGUUUCUAUUGAAAAAAAAAUAUAUAUAUAUACCGAGUGAGAUAAUUGUACUUAAUGAGGAAAGCGAUUGAGGUAAAAUCAUACAAAAUACGUCCAAACGAGGGAAACGUUUUAGUGAGAGAAACGAACAUGCGUGUCGAGGAUUAUAUUAGGUGAUCAUAUAAACGCAUAACAUAUUGUUUUUGAUAAUUUUAAUAACGUUAAGGCUCUACGUGUUCAGCUUAACUGAAGAGAUUUGUCCUUGCUUUUACAUUCUACAAACGUUAGACGUUGUCGUUUUAGUGACUCCUUUCGAUGCGAUUUUGAGCCAUUCGAGAAGGUGAUACAGUGACCCCAAU